AUGGAGACCCUCAAUGCAGCUGGCUUGACCCCAUUAUCAGUGCUUUCUGAUAGAAGAAUAGAACCCCGAAAAUUCCUAUCACUGCCUACAAAUUCCACAAGCAAAGUCUCCAAUUUUUCUAGUCUUGGCAACAAGAAACCAGCUCUGCUAGAGUGUUUAUCAAAAGGUUUACGUGGGGGUCUAUUUCUUGCAGCUUCAGUUGUCAAUAAUGGACUUUCUAGAGCUCUAACGUAUGAGGAGGCAUUGGGGCAAUCUGUGAGUGCUCCUAGUUCUGGGGACUUCGAUGCAAAUGUGUUUAUAGAUAGUGUUAUCAGUUUUGGAACAGAGAACCCAGCUAUUAUAGCCGGAGGAGUAGCUAUUUUGGCUGUGCCACUGGUUUUGUCUCAGUUUCUGAAGAAGCCUAAGCCAUGGGGAGUUGAGUCAGCCAAAAAUGCAUAUGCAAAACUGGGUUCUGAUAAGAAUGCUCAGUUGCUUGAUAUAAGAGCACCUGUAGAAUUUAGGCAAGUGGGUACCCCUGAUGUUGGAGGUUUGAGGAAGAAGCCAGUGUCAAUCACUUACAAGGGUGAUGAUAAGCCAAGGUUCCUGCAGAGACUUUCUUUGAAGUUCAAGGAACCAGAGAAUACCACAUUGUUCAUUCUGGACAAAUUUGAUAAGAACUCCGAACUGGUUGCAGAGUUGGUCACCAUUAAUGGAUUUAAGGCUGCUUAUGCAAUUAAGGAUGGUGCAGAAGGACCACGAGGAUGGAUGAAUAGUGGGCUUCCCUGGACACCACCAAGGAAAGCAUUGAGUUUGGAUUUUGGCAAUUUGACAGAUGCUAUCUCUGGCACAAUAGGAGAGACCUCUGAUGGCUUGGCUAUUACUCUUGGGAUUGCUGCGGCUAUUGGACUCGGUGUAUUAGCUAUUUCUGAGAUAGAAACAAUUCUCCAACUUUUAGGAUCAGUUGCACUUAUUCAGUUUGCAGGCCAGAAGCUUCUAUUUGCUGAGGACCGAAAGCAAACACUACAGCAAGUUGAUGAGUUCUUGAACACCAAGGUUGCCCCUAAAGAUCUUGUCGAUGAAAUAAAGCAAAUUGGAAAGGCUCUUCUACCAAGCUCCACAAAUAAUAAGGCUCUUCCCGCCCCAAUAGAUAAAAGCCCAGAGCCUGCUACAGCAGAUUGGACUGUACAGAAAGCAGAAGCUACUCCUGAUUCCAUCUCCAAGUUCAAAGUAGAUGCUGUAACAGGACCUGCUCCUGAAAUAAAUUCGGUACCAAACACUGAAGUUAUGGCAGAAUCACUUCCGGGGUUAUUAAAACCACUUUCACCAUACCCAUACUAUUCAGAUUUCAAGCCUCCUACAUCUCCCACCCCUGCACAGCCCUAGAGUUUUGCUUGUGUUAGACCUUGAAGAGAAUUCUAUAGUAUGUAAAUCUUUUCUGCAUAAUUUCCAGCAAUCUGUACUAUCUAUGAUCUUUUCACAUAAAAGUCUUCAACUUAUCUAACAUCUUAGGUUGAAGACAAGAUCCGUGUCACUAGCUGUAUAAUAUACAAUCUGUUAUGAAUACCCUCCACUUGAUGCUACUUGAUACACUUUUGUAAUUGAUGGAUAUCUUGUUGGGUUGAUUUGCAUAUUAGUUAUGUUGGGAUUUAGUAUAAUAUCACAUCUUUCAGUUUUGGAGUGAGUAAAUAAGAUUUUAUAUAUGCAAU